UUAAAACUAGAUUUUUGCCGGAGUCCUAAAUGUGGACUGGCUAGAUAAGUAGCCCCUCGAGUGAGGUGGGUCUAAAGCACCGUCAUGAUCUUGUGGUCUAGCUCUGCGUUAGCCUGGCCACAAUAUGAGAAUUUUUUCUCUUAAUACCAAAAUGAGAAAUUGAUGUUGGCGGACGAAAAGUUGGUAAUUGAAAUUUUAGUCAGGGACGGCCAAAGCCUCUGAGCCGCCCUUUUGUGCAUGGGACUGAACGAGGAUAGACAAUCAAAUCUUCCUCGUUGUCCGCUUCGCAUGGCCGACGGAGCACUUCUCCAUGAUGCCAAAAUAUUCUUCUCCAGAUGCUUUUUCUCGACCAAAACUAGGCUCCUCUCGCCCUCGAGAGCUCCGCACCACACCAUCCUCCUCCCCUCUUGUAUACCCCACCUACAAAGCUCUUCCCAUCCCUCCAUCUACCGCACCUGCCAUUACCACUUCCCACAUCACUUCAAGCUCGCCGGUGAUCGCGCACAGCCAUGUCGGAGACCCCGGACAUACGAGAGGUACCGGACAAGCCUGACCGGCUGGAGGAGGAUGCUCCGACCCCGAACAUCCGAGAGGUACAGGAGAAGCCCGACCGGCGGGAGGAGGAUGCUAGCAUGGGGUCGGAGACUCCGGAAAAUAACAUGCACGCGAAGCCCCAGGAUCCACCGAGGGAGCCGGGGCUCGUCGGAUGGUUUGUUUAUGGCCUGAGCUCAUACUUUGUUCACACAGUCCUCAUUCCAAUACUUUUUCCUCUCCUCGUAAUUCAAAGAGCGGCUUCUACCUCCGACCUGCCGCCGCUGCCGGCCUACACCUCCAGAGGAGUGGCGUGCUCUCCACAAGAAAUGACCUUAUACCAAAGGCUAAUCAACCAUUCAAUUAAGGUCGAUGGUGCCAAGUUCUCCCCUUUACAUUGGACAGCAAUCUCAUGGGCUGCAGGAAUCCUCCUCACCGGCCCCAUCCUCCCCCAUGUAGCAUACUACUUGGACCAAGGCCAAUACCAACCUAUAAUUCUCGGUGGCGCUCCUGCAAUUGCUGCCUUCUCAUGUCUUCUCACCGGAUUCUUCAAAACAACAUGGCACUUCCCUUUCCACAUCGCCAUCAUCGCCAGUGCGAGCAUUAUCGGCGCCGCCGCCCAUAGCUGCAACCUGGGCCUCAUGAUCCGUGGCCUCACGGCGCAUGUCACAGCUAAACGCCGCUUCCUACGCCGUCGGGCUGCUGCGAGCUGGUUAUCCUUAUUUUGCACCGCCGCCGGCUCUAUCGGGGCUGCCAUCAUUGCCGUCUUCACCUACCACAUGCUCCGCCGCUCCGACAAGCUCACUAGCUUAUGGGUGGUCUCCAUCUUCAGUGGCCUCAUGUUAUGCACCGGCAUUUGCCAUGCCUUCUCAAAUCUGCCAGCUCCAUCCUCAGCAAUUUCCUCAGCAAAAUAUGCUCAUAUCCUUGCAAUUGCUAAGUAUCCGCAUGCCAUCGGUAGCCUCAUCGCCGUGCUAUUGUCGUCGUUCUCGUCGAUGUGCAUCUUCACCAGCGGCACUUUAUAUAUUAUCGGCGAUCUUUGCAUCAAACCGGUUAUUUUGCUAGCUUUGUGGAUGAUUUACUUCAUAUUUCCUAUGUUUUCACUUCCUAUACUGCAUCCAGUUCAGCUCAUCAUUCGGGCUGAUGCGGUAAGCAUGCAACUGCUUGCAUUCUUUAUGUCUGCAUUCACGUCCGGGCUCGGUUUCUACUGCAAGGAUGAGAAGUGGAAGCGAGUCCAUAUGAUUCUUGUGGUGCUUCUCCAGAGCACGGCAGUAGGGGUGUUGCAUGCCUUUGGGAGGGUGUUACUGCUGGAUUGCUCGCCGGCGGGCAAGGAAGGGGCAUUCUCAGUAUGGCUUGCAUGGGUUAGGGCGGCCGGGGCGUGCGCCGGGUUCGCAGUUGCGACGGCGGCGCCCGGUAACGUUGGGAGGAAAUUUGGUGUUGCAUUUGUGGCGAACUUUGUGGGAGUGGUGGUGCUGAUCUUUGGGAAUGUUAGUAAUUUGGGAGGCGUUGUGGCUGCAGGGCAUGUGAGAGAGGACGAGAGAGAGGAGGGUCCUCUUGUUUAUGGGUUAGAAAGCGUAGGACAAGCGGAAAAUAGGGUUAAGGCGACGUCAAAUUCGGGUGAGAGGAGCAAGGGACAUGAAGUAGGAGUUUGAGUUGUAUGCUUUCUUGUGAAUGCUAUGUGCUGCUUGCUACAAAUUGUU